AUGGUCCAGUUGGACCCCAAGUCACGUAACAUCCGGAGCGUUCGCCGGGUUGGUGUCAAGGUUUGGUACGUCGAGUGGAGGCGUCAUGCCCACGCCAUGGCGAGGUCGAUUUUCCAUGGCGGGUCACGCUGGGAGUCCUACGAGAAGUACAAGAAGCGCCAGCACGGCUUGCUCGGAAUAGGUGAAGGAGAAGAGGAGGGUGGCCUGUCUUUCAGUCACCUCGGGCCAGUCGACACAUUUUCCAGUCAAAUUGUUUAUUCUGAAAAAGCCGACAACAUCUGCACUAGGAUGACUGAGAGCUCCGUCUUUUUCGUGGUCGCGAUGCUAUUGACGUUGCUGAACCUGCUAUGGAUCGGGAUCAGCACGGAGCUUGGCGAGUUCAACCAGAGUUUGUGGAAUCGGCGCACAGAGUCCAUUGCAAUCGAGCAUAUCUUCACGCUUUACAGUAUUGUCGAGAUCGUGCUCCAAAUCAUGAGCAUGAAGCACAGGUCAAAGUGCUUUUUCAGCCCCUGGUUCCGCCUUGACGCAGCGUGCACUGUUGCAAUCGUGCUGGAGGUUCUCGUGGCCCCCCACGUGCCAGCCGCCGCAGGUUCCCUGCUCGCCUACCAGGUGCUGCGACUGACGCGGCUGGCGUGGCUGCUCAAGUUGACGCGCGCAAGGCGGGCCGUGGGGACUAUUCUGAACGGGAUGGCCAGUGGCAUGCGCUCGGCGGCUGACGUCUGGAUCCUUAUCGCCGUCCUCCUGUACACCUGUGGCGUGCUGCUCACCGCCACCAGCCAUCGCAGCGAGUAUCUGAGGGAGCGGUACUUCGGGUCUGUGGGUCACACGAUCUUGCCGCUGCUUUCCCACGGCGUUGCCAUGGACGGUCUUAGCGAAUUCUUCGACGACUUGCGUGCUCAUCGCGCGAUCUUCGAGGCGCCGGUGUUUGCCACGUUCGUGUUCCUGACCUAUUUCGGGCUGUUGAGCAUGCUUGUUGGUGUUUUUUUGUAA